AUGGUCUCCAACACACUUUCCCAUGAGCUUGCUAUGCGAACUGAAGCCUUUGCUAGGACUGAAACAGUUUUGUUUGCUAUUACCAAUGUCGUGGCCAUCCUUGGAAAUCUCCUCAUUUUUUGCGCCGUGUACCAUAACCACAGGCUACGCACGAUUCCCAACAUAUUCGUAACAGCACUGGCUGUGAGCGAUAUUCUGAUGUCUAUUAUCUGUAUGCCUUUUACAGUUGCAAGUCUUUUCCACGGCAGGUGGAUCUUUCAUGAAACGGUCUGCCGCUUUCAAGCAUUUGAUAUCUUUGCGUUUGGGACGAGUAGUCUUGGAACUAUGGCAGCAAUUGCAGUCAGCCGAUAUUUCUGUGUUGUUAAUCGGGAAAAGUAUCCCUCGCUGUUUAAGAAGCAAAGAGCCUUGAUGUAUAUUUUCAUCGUUUGGUGCUUGGCUCUGGUUGGAUCUGUGCCCAUAUUACUCUUCAAAAAUGACAGCAUUGAAUUCCACCCUGGAAAAGCAAUGUGUCUGUACAAAUUUGAAAGUAACAUUGCUUACUCUGCCUCAAUCCUUUGCUGUUUUAUCACAACACCCUUGAUUAUCAUCACGAUCUGCUAUGUCAAAGUGUUCCGCGCCGUGUCGAGAUCAAAUCGUGUUUUCUCAUUGGAAAAUAACCCGGAACUUCUUCGGGUGAAUGUGGAAGAAGCCAAAGUGACGAAGCGUUUGGUAGCAGUUGUGGUCGGCUUUGCAUGCUGUUGGCUUCCUGUUUUUGUCGUUGAUAACAUCGACAUGGCACGUGGAGAACCCACGCUACCACGACAAGUGUACUUAACUUACAGCCUCUUAAUUUAUCUGAGUAGCACCAUAAACCCAUUCAUAUAUUGCGCCGCAGAUAAGAGGUUCAGACGAGAGUACAAGGUUGUUUUGAGGAAGAUUUUUACCUUUAAAUGCCGAGACAACAGCGAGAACGGUAACGCCUAA